AGUUCGCAGUUGCCUUGGUAACUUGGCACGUUUUUGGCCUGUUUGUUCAAUUAAGUUUUCAGCUUAUAACAAUUCACGGAGGCGAAAAGUUGUGCAACGCGGAAGAGAUUCAGAAAAUCUAGUAAAUCUAUAAUGAUUUUUGAUUAGGUGCACAGUUGUGUGCUCCGGUUUGUGGUGAAUUUGCUUUUUGCAUAGAGAUAGAGUUUUGGCAAGAUGUUCGUGCAGAAGAAAAAGCUGGUUGAGCAUGUUUUGGCAAUGCGCGCCGAAGGGGGCAGUAGUGAUGAUGAUGAGGAGGAGGAGGACCAGGGCGACAUUUUGCAGCGCCGGCGGGAAGAAUGCGAGCGCAAAGCCCGUCGAGGGGAGAUGGAUCCCCGGCUGGAGUUCACCUUCCAGCUCCUGAUCGACGCCACCCAGCUGCCCAGGCAUCAGCUCAUGGACUACAUAUUCGAAGGGGACAUGCUCGACGAGAUCAAUCAGCUGUUCCUGCCGAACAUGAAGAACAAGCUGCUGUGGUUCUACCAGGAGACGGAUGACCCCGAGCCCACGCCAGUGCCCGAUCCGAAUAAGCCCGGACCCUCGAGAUCUGGAGUGGCUUCCAGCAGCUCCAAGACGCCGCAGGGUGGUGCUUCUCCCAGUGGAUUGCCGCCACCCAAGCACAAGAAGCUGUUCCUUACCGAUGGAUGGACUUGCGCCUUCACAGGAGUUUGUAUUUACAUAUUUCGGGUGAACACGUCGAAGCAGCUGCCGGAGGAGGGAUUCCAGAAGGAUUUGUAUUGCGGAGUGAUCGAUGCGAAGAAUAUAGGGCUAGUUACCUCCAUCGAGCGGAUUGUGGAGUUCGUGUUCAUGCAGGCUCUGGCCUUUCCCAGUCUGGAGGGCGACGAGGAGGACGUGAGCUGCGGACUGAUCAAGGGACAACUCCUGCCGGGAUUGAGAUCCUUCUGCAGCGCCCUGCGCGUCUGCGAACAGGUGUGCGACCAUCACAAUGUCUUCGCCGACGGCUGCGACAUGUUCGAGAAGAUCGACGAGGUGGAGGAGGUGAAGGACAUGUCCAAGAACCAGGACUUCUGCGCCCAGCUGGAGGAGCGCGUGAACAACUGGACGAAGGGCAUCCUGAAGAUUCUCGGGGAGAGCGAGCAGCUGCGCAAGGAGAACGACCACAGUGGGCCGCAGGACGAGCUGGAGUACUGGAAGAAGCGGGGCGCCCAGUUCUCCCAGCUCCUGGCCCACCUGCAGGACAAGGAGGUGCAGUUCACGCUGCACUGCCUCUUCCUGGCCGGCUCCCGCAUAAUCAAGCAGUGGAAGGAGACCGACCGCAAGAUCACCUUCUGCUACAACGAGGCGCGCGACAACUCCAAGUUCAUCCAGGCCAUGGAGACGUGCUGCCACUCGCUGUACCUGGACGAUCCCGUCAGCAUGAAGGAGUCCAUCCUAAGCCUGCUGCAAACGGUGCGACUCAUCUACAGCGUCUCCCAGUUCUACAAUACCUCGGAAAGGACAUCCGCUCUGAUGGUUAAGAUAACCAACCAAAUGAUUGAAACCUGCAAGUCGUACAUCACCUGUCGUUGCAAGGAAACUAUUUGGUCCCAGGAUCGGAACUUAAUCCGUACUAAGCUGAGCAACUGCAUCAAGUUGAAUCACAUUUACCACGAGACCUACUACACAGUUAGGGAGCAGCCCUUUCUGCCGAAUCAGACGCCUUUCGGCUUUUCCGAAAACUUUGUCUUUGGAAAAUUUGACACCUUUUGCGAGAGGCUAUCCAAGAUAAUUAGCAUGUUCAAUUUGAUCGAUGACUACAAUCACUUGUUUGAACGGCGACUGGAGGGACUUCUUCUGGGCGAAGCUUUGGAGGAUGCUUCCAACCACUUUGAGGAGGCCAAAAAGGAUGUGACUUCCCGGAAGUAUGACUACUUGGAUCACCGCAACUCCGAUUUCAACGUAGAUUUCGAGCGGUUCAUUCACAAAACGAACUCCCUGAAGGACACCAUAGCCACUCUCAUCGAAACGGACUUCGAUACCGUCUGGGAGACGCCGCAGUGCAUCCGUUUCCUGGUCCGCUUCGAGAAGGUCAGCGAGAAGAUUCCGUUGACCAAGAUGGACGAGAAGUACACUCGAAUCCUGCGCUACGUGGAGAAGGAGGUGGAUCGCAUCCUGAAGACGUUCCGCAAGCAGCGCGACGAUCCCCCGCUGGCCAGGAACUUCCCACCCAUUGCUGGAAGGAUUCACUGGUGUCGCGCCCUUAGUCUGCACAUCACGGAACUCAUGGACGCGGUGAUGGACCACCCGGUGCUGAGCAACCUGCCCAUGGCCAAGGACCUGGAUGUGCGCUACCACAAUGUGCUCGGCGUGCUGCAGGAGUACGAGGACGAGAUUGUGUCCAUUUGGCUGGACCAGGAUGUCAGCGUGGCCGACGCGUGCCUGCUGCAGCCACUGCUCUGUCUCCAGGGGGACAAGUUGUUUGUCAACCUGCACCCCACCAUCCCGCUGCUCAUCCGGGAGGCCAAGAUGCUGGCCAAGCUGGACAUCGAGUUGCCCAUUGUGGCCGCCACGCUGAUGAGUCGUCAGCAGUACUUCAUCACCAUCCAGGAUUCGCUGAAUUGCCUUAUAAAAAUGUUCCUGUCCACUGUGCGAGCCGUAAAGCUGGAGGUGCGUCCCUUGUUCCUGCCCCAGUUGGUUCGCCUAACGGCCAUGCUGAAGCCAGGAUUACACACAAUCAAUUGGACAAACCAAAACUGGACCGAGUUCUAUGAGCGCUGCAAGCAGGCCAUCGAGAAUUUCGAGGUUCUGGUGGCACGUGUCCAUGACAUCUACUCCAAUCGCAUUCUCAAUGUGCUGAUGUGGAUGCAGGAUGUCUCCUUGCAGAUUUUACCAGCAGACGAUGAAAUCUGGACAGUUGACGAGUUUCUGGAGAGGAGCGAGGAGGCCUGCCGAAAAGCGGCCAUCGAUCUGAACCGGAAGAGUCAAAUGGUCUCCGAGGCUGUGGAAGAGGUCCUCAGCUUGGUGGACAAAGCCACGGCAGCCUUCAAGGAGAUAGCCGGCGAUGAUGUGAUUACUCUGUUUGAUGCAGCCACUCCGAAGGGAGAGAAUUCGGGAUCGGGGGGACGCAAGACGGAAGAUGGAGGCGGAGGCGGUGGCGGUGGCGCAGGCGGAGGAGCUGCUGCCCCCACGACCAGUGGUGGCGGUGGACAGCAGCAGGACUGGAGUAUCCUGUGGUCCUGCUUCGAGAACCCUCUGUCCCUCUUGUCCACCUCAGAAAGUCUACCCAAAGGCAUGCAGGACAUGGUGUGCAACGCGGUGGUGGAGAUGCGCCGCUACUACAGCCGCAAGGUGAUCGACGUGCUGAUCAAGGUGAUCCGGGCCGCUCUGGACACCCUCCGCCGUCGGUUCAUCGCCGACGAGAACGAGACGGUGUUCAAGAAGCCGGUGUUCGCGCUGCACGCGCAGCUGCAGAUACCCCAUGUGGUGAUUAAGCCGAAUCUGGACGAGCUGCAGGACUUUUUGGUGACGGCUGGCAAGAAUAUCACGGGCAUUGCGAAAGGCGUGGCGCAGUGGAGCAGCGGCAAAGAUCCGCCGGUGCGUACCGCCCCACUGAAUAGCUUCGCAAUGUUCUCCAAAAUCUUGUCUUACCAACCGCAGCAAGUUUCGAUGACGGCGACGCAGCCGCGCGUCGGACGCAACCACAAUGAGACGGCCGGCGGGGGCAAGAGCCGGCGGCGCAAGAUCUACUGUCUGGCCUCCGAGGAGCGGCCCCAGAUGCCGCACAUGCUCAAGAGCUUCUACUCGGCCAUCAUGGACAACAAGGAGGUGGCCAAGGCGGUCAACCAGCUGGCCAGCUGCACCAAGAACGUCAAGCCGGAGAUCCAGACGUACAUCAAGCGCUGGAAGCCGUACCACUUCCUCUGGAAGAACGACCGCACCACCCGCCAGCUCAUGGAGUUCGGCCUGCAGGAGUUCGAGACCACGCUGCGCUGCCUCUCCGACCUGGACGCCAAUCUGCUCGUGGAGCCGGACAUGGAGGUCUUCGGCCAGUGCGUGGCCGUCUACAACGAAAGGCUCAAGUAUGGUUUGGCCAUUGAAAUCAAAUCCUGCAACCACAAAAUCGGACAGGCCAUGAAGAAGAAGUACAAGAAGGAGAUGGACUAUGUGUAUGCGGUAAUCAACGAGAUGGAUCGCAAACUGGACAGGCCCAUCCGUGACCUGGACGAUGUGCGAAUGAUAAUGGAGACCUUGGGUAAGAUUCGCGAGCAGGAGGUGGACAUGGAGCUGCGCAUCGAUCCCAUUGAGGAAGCCUUCAAUGUCCUCACCCGCUACGAGGUGCAAGUGGAGCGGGAGCAAUUCGAUCUGGUGGACAACUUGAGGGCCACGUUCCAGAACCUUUUGGCCGGCGCGCUGCAGGCACAGGUCAAGCUGCUGGAUAUGCAGCCGGCCUUCCAGGACGAUCUGCGCACCAACCUGGACAACUUCAAGCAGGACAAGAUCUCGUACGUGACGGAGUACCGCACGGCAGGGCCGAUGCAGGCCGGGCUGACGCCUCGAGAGGCCUCCGACCGGCUGAUCCUGUUCCAGAACCGAUUCGAGGGCAUGUGGCGACGCCUGCAGACGUACCAGAGCGGCGAGGAACUCUUCGGUCUGCCCCAGACGGACUACCCAGAGCUCGGCCAGAUCCGCAAGGAGCUAAACCUGCUGCAGAAGCUGUAUAAGUUGUAUAACGACGUGAUCGAUCGGGUGAGCAGCUACUACGACAUACCCUGGAACGAGGUGGACAUCGAGGAGAUCAACAACGAGCUGAUGGAGUUCCAGAACCGCUGCCGCAAGCUGCCCAAGGGCCUCAAGGAGUGGCCGGCCUUCCACGCUCUGAAGAAGACCAUCGACGACUUCAACGACAUGUGUCCGCUACUGGAGUUGAUGGCGAAUAAAGCCAUGAAGCCACGCCACUGGCAACGGAUCAUGGACGUUACUCGCUACAUCUUCGAGUUCGACUCGGAGGGUUUCUCGCUGAAGAACAUAUUGGAGGCGCCGCUGCUGAAGCACAAGGAGGACAUCGAGGACAUCUGCAUCAGUGCAAUGAAGGAGAAGGACAUCGAGGCGAAGCUGAAGCAGGUGACCAACGAGUGGUCGGUGCACGAGCUGCAGUUCAUGAGCUUCAACAAUCGCGGCGAGCUGCUGCUGCGGGGCGACACCACGGCGGAGACGAUUGGCCAGCUGGAGGAUAGCUUGAUGGUGCUGGGCUCCCUGCUCUCCAACCGCUACAAUGCCCCCUUCCGCAAGCAGAUCCAGCAGUGGGUCUACGACCUCUCCAACUCCAAUGAGAUCCUCGAGCGCUGGCUGCUCGUCCAGAACAUGUGGGUCUACCUGGAGGCCGUGUUCGUGGGUGGCGACAUCGCGAAGCAACUGCCCAAGGAGGCGAAGAGGUUUUCGAAGAUCGACAAGUCCUGGCAGAAGAUCAUGCAGCGGGCCCACGAGACCCCCGGUGUCGUGGCCUGUUGCGUCGGGGACGAUCUGCUCAAACAGCUGCUGCCUCAUCUGCAGGAGCAGCUGGAGAUUUGCCAGAAAUCCUUGAGUGGGUACUUGGAGCGCAAGCGCAUGAUGUUCCCACGCUUCUUCUUUGUGUCAGAUCCUGCCCUGCUAGAAAUACUGGGGCAGGCUUCCGAUUCGCAUACCAUACAGAACCACCUCCUCAACAUAUUCGACAACACCAAGUCGGUGAAGUUCCACGACGUGGAGUACAACAAGAUGAUGGCCAUCAUCAGCAGCGAGGGCGAGAUGAUCCAGCUGGACAGGGCCAUCCGGGCGGAGGGCUCCGUGGAGACCUGGCUCACCCAGCUGCUGGUCACCGCCCAGGCCUCGCUGCACUCGAUCAUUCGCACCGCCUACGCCACCAUCAACGAUCCCAACUUCACCCUGCUCAGCUUCCUGGAGAAGGCGCCGGCCCAGAUCGGCCUGCUCGGCAUCCAGAUGGUGUGGACCCGCGACGCCGAGAUGGCCCUGAUGCGGGGACGCGAGCGCAAGGUCAUGAUGGAGACCAACAACAAGUUCCUGGAGAUCCUCAACACCCUCAUCGACCAGACCACGCGCAAUCUCACCAAACGGGAGCGCACGAACUUCGAGACCCUGAUCACCAUUCAUGUGCAUCAGCGCGAUAUCUUCGACAUCCUGUGCCGCAUGAACAUUAAGUCAGCCAACGACUUUGAGUGGCUCAAGCAAUGCCGUUUCUACUUCAAAGAGGACCUGGACAAAACUUGGAUAUCGGUGACGGAUGUGACCUUCACCUACCAAAACGAAUACCUGGGCUGUACAGAUCGCCUGGUUAUUACUCCGCUAACUGAUCGUUGUUACAUAACCCUGGCCCAGGCACUCACCUUAUCCAUGGGCGGAGCACCAUGCGGGCCAGCCGGCACGGGAAAAACGGAGACCGUCAAGGACAUGGGCAAAACGCUGGCCAAGUAUGUGGUCGUCUUCAAUUGCUCCGAUCAAAUGGACUACAGAGGUCUGGGUCGCAUCUACAAGGGAUUAGCUCAGUCCGGCAGCUGGGGAUGCUUCGAUGAGUUCAACCGGAUUGAACUCCCGGUCCUUUCGGUGGCCGCCCAACAAGUGGCUGUCGUCCUGACCGCCAAAAAGGAGAAGAGGAAAACAUUCCUGUUCACCGAUGGCGACACGAUUGAAAUGAAUCCAGAGUUUGGAAUAUUUAUAACUAUGAAUCCAGGAUAUGCGGGUCGCAAGGAAUUGCCGGAGAAUUUGAAAAUCCAGUUCCGCACGGUGGCCAUGAUGGUGCCGGAUAGACAGAUAAUCAUACGAGUUAAGCUGGCCAGUUGCGGCUUCCUGGAGAACAUAACGUUGGCCAGAAAGUUCUAUACCCUGUACAAGCUGUGUGAGGAGCAACUGACCAAACAGGUGCACUACGACUUCGGACUGAGGAACAUACUCUCGGUGCUGCGAACUCUGGGAGCUGCCAAGCGGAGGAACUCCAAGGACACAGAGAGCACCAUUGUGAUGCGGGUGCUGCGUGACAUGAAUCUUUCCAAGCUGAUCGACGAUGAUGAGCCGCUCUUUAUGUCCCUGGUCUCCGAUUUGUUUCCCAACCAGACCCUCGAAAAGACCAAUUACCCAGAGCUGGAGGCCGCCAUUCUUCAGCAAACGGACGAGGCCAGCCUCAUUUACCAUCCUCCCUGGGUCCUGAAGCUCAUUCAACUGUACGAGACCCAAAACGUUCGCCACGGCAUCAUGACUUUGGGGCCAAGUGGCGCCGGCAAGACGACCUGCAUCCACACCCUGAUGAAGGCCAUGACCCAAAUGGGCGACAACCACCGGGAGAUGCGCAUGAAUCCCAAGGCCAUCACGGCUGCCCAAAUGUUUGGACGACUCGACGUGGCCACCAACGAUUGGACGGAUGGAAUUUUCUCGGCCCUCUGGCGGAAGACCCUCAAGCUCAAGGCCGGCGAGCACGUCUGGUUGGUCCUCGACGGUCCGGUGGACAGUAUUUGGAUAGAGAACCUCAACUCGGUGCUGGACGACAACAAGACCCUGACCUUGGCCAAUGGCGAUCGUCUGACCAUGGCGCCCUCCGUCAAAAUCAUAUUCGAGCCGCACAAUAUUGACAACGCCUCGCCAGCCACCGUAUCCCGCAAUGGAAUGGUCUACAUGAGCUCUUCUGGUCUGGACUCUCGACCAAUUGUUCAGGCCUGGCUUAAAAACCGCGCUCCCGGCGAAAAGACGACCUUUUCGGAUUUGUUCGAUCAGACCUUCGUCGAGGUGUACAACUGGGGAGUGCAGAUGGUGAAGUUGCAGAUGCCCGUGUUGCAGUGCAACGUGGUCCAGCAGAUGCUGUUUAUACUGGAGGGCUUGAUACCCGUCAAGAAGGAGGACGAACAGGCGGUGAGCCUGUCCAGCAAGGAGAGCCACGAUGCUAAUAAACGUUCAGAGCACCAAAAAAAAGUCGAAGAGGCGCGACGGCAAUCGAUUGGCAGUCAGAUUGUCGAGGACCUUCCUCCGGAGACAUCGAUCGAGGAGAAGGAGGACACCUGCACCCCGGAACACUUGCACCGCUUGUACAUCUUCGCGCUCGCCUGGGGCCUGGGCGGUUACCUCUCCACUAGCGACCGCGUCCGGAUGAACCAUUUCGUGAAGGAAUCCUUCCCGCAGCUGGACUACCCGAAGGGUAGUGCCCACGAGAACACCAUCUUUGACUUCUUCGUUUCUCCAGCGGGCGUGUGGCAGUCGUGGAAGACGCUCGUCACCCCCUACAUGUAUCCGGAGCUUUCCACACCAGACUACCUGAGCAUUCUGGUGCCCAUCGUGGAUAAUGUGCGCAUCGACUAUCUGAUCGGCACCAUUGCCAAUCAGGAGCGGGCCGUGAUGGUGAUUGGCGAACAGGGCACGGGCAAGACGGUGAUCAUGAAGAACUUCAUGAGGAAGAUGAACGUUGAGACGUACAUGGGCCGUUCCUUCAACUUCUCGUCGGCCACCAGUCCGUAUCAGUUCCAGCGCACAAUCGAGAGCUAUGUGGAGAAGCGCGUUGGGGUCACCUUCGGUCCGCCCGGUGGCCGCAAGCUGAUCGUCUUCAUCGACGACAUCAAUCUGCCCGAGAUCAACGAGUGGGGCGACCAGAUAACCAACGAGAUUGUGCGCCAGUCCAUGGACAUGAAGGGCUUCUACAGCCUGGAGAAGCCCGGCGACUUCACCACAAUCGUCGAUGUGCAGUAUGUGGCGGCCAUGGGCCUGCCCGGCGGCGGACGCAACGAUAUACCGUCGCGGCUUAAGCGCCAGUUCUGCGUGUUCAACUGCAACAUACCCGACAACGACUCCAUCGACAAGAUAUUCCGCGUGAUCGGUGAGGGCCAUUACAAUGCCAAGCGCGGCUUUGUGCCCGAGAUCCGCAGCCUGGUCAAGAAGCUGAUCAUCGUCACCCGCCAUCUGUGGCAGCGCACGCGCGAGAAGCUGCUGCCCACGCCGGCCAAGUUCCACUACGUGUUCAGUUUGCGCGAUUUGUCGCGCAUCUGGCAGGGCAUGGUGGGCACCUUAUCCACGGUGAUCACCUCCGAGGGCGUCCUCAUGGCACUGUGGAAGCACGAGUGCACGCGAGUGUUCGCCGAUCGAUUCACCACGUUCCAGGACAAGGAGUGGUUCGGCUCAGAGCUGGCAUGUCUUGUGCGCGAGGAGCUGGGCGACGCCCACUCCCAAAUGAUCCUGCCCAAUCCGGUGUUCGUUGACUUCAUGCGCGACGCCCCCGAGCCGACCGGCGAGGAGGGCGAGGACACCGAUAUGGAGCUACCCAAGGUCUACGAGCCGGUCCACUCACACGAAGUGCUCCGCGAGCGUCUCGUCAUGUUCCUCGCCCAGUUCAACGAAAUGGUGCGAGGGUCGGGAAUGGAUUUGGUGUUCUUCCCGGAUGCAAUGCUGCAUCUGGUGAAGAUCUCCCGCAUCAUUCGGCAUCCGAGGGGAUCGGUCAUGCUUGUCGGGGUCGGCGGUUCUGGAAAACAGUCGCUAACGAAAUUGGCAUCGUUCAUAGCCGGCUACAAGACAUUCCAAAUUGCGUUGACGCGUUCGUACAACGUGGCCAAUUUUCUGGAGGAUCUAAAGCUGCUCUACCGCACCUGCGGCGUCCAGGGCAAGGGCACAACCUUUCUCUUCACCGACAUGGAUAUCAAGGAGGAAGGUUUCCUCGAGUAUCUCAACAACAUACUCUCGAGCGGCGUCAUAUCGAAUCUAUUCUCGCGCGAUGAGCAGGCCGAAAUCGUGCAGGAGCUGACGCCGGUCAUGAAACGCGAGAAUCAACGCAAAACAGCGACCCCGGAAAGUGUGAUGGACUUUUUUUUGGCGCGCACCUGCACCAAUCUGCACGUGGCCUUCUGCUUCUCGCCCGUGGGCGAGACGUUCCGGUCGCGAGUGCAGCGCUUCCCCGCCUUGGUCUCCGGCUGCACCAUUGACUGGCUGCAUCCGUGGCCCAAGGACGCCUUGGUCUCGGUUGCCCGACACUUUCUGAGCCACUUCGAGAUCGAGUGCACCCCGGCCGUCAAGGAGGAGCUGGUCAACGCCCUCGGCUCCAUCCAGGACAUUGUCGCGGAAACGUCGCAGGAGUACUUCCAGCGUUUCCGCCGCGCCACGCACGUGACACCCAAAUCUUAUCUGAACUUUAUUGCCGGCUACAAGAACAUCUACCAAAUGAAGCAGCAAGAGCUGCGAGAUGGUGUGGAGAAGAUGGAUACGGGCUUGGAGAAACUGAAAGAGGCCUCCGCCUCGGUUGAGAUCCUCAAGAAGGAUUUGGUGGUCAUGGAGGAGGAGCUGGUCGAAGCCUCCAAGAACGCCGAGUCAGUGCUAGUGGAGGUGACGGAGCGCGCGAUGCAAGCGGAGAUCGUCAAGAAUCAGGUGCUCAUCGUCAAGGACAAGGCCGAGGCCCUGGUGGCCUGCAUUGCCCACGAAAAAGCCCUGGCCGAGGAGAAACUGGAGGCGGCCAAGCCGGCGCUGGAGGAGGCCGAGAACGCCCUCAACACGAUCAAGCCGGCCCACAUCGCCACCGUGCGCAAGCUGGGCCGUCCGCCGCACCUGAUCAUGCGGAUCAUGGACUGUGUGCUGAUCCUCUUCAAGCGCAAGCUGCAUCCCUGCAUCGCGGACGCGGGCACGCCGUGUCCGAAGCCCUCCUGGCAGGAAUCCUUGAAGAUGAUGGCCAGUGCCACCUUCCUGCUGCAACUGCAAAACUAUCCCAAGGACACCAUCAACGACGAGAUGAUCGAUCUGCUGCAGCCGUACUUCCGCAUGGAGGACUACAACAUGGACAUGGCCCGUCGUGUGUGCGGAGACGUGGCUGGCCUGCUGUCCUGGACCAAGGCCAUGUCCUUCUUCCACAGUGUUAACAAGGAGGUGCUGCCCUUGAAGGCAAAUCUAACCAUGCAAGAGGCGCGACUUAAGCUGGCCAUGGACGACUUGGCAGGUGCCGAGGAGCAACUAAGGGAGCGCGAGGAGGCCCUCCAGGCUGUGAAGGAUCAGUACGACAAGGCGGUGGGCGAGAAGCAGAGGUUGACGGAUGCGGCCAAUGUCUGUCUGCGAAAGAUGACGGCGGCCACGGCUCUGAUCAAUGGGCUUUCGGAUGAGAAGCACCGGUGGACCAACCAGAGCAAGGAGUUCAAGAUCCAGUUGGGCAAGCUGGUGGGCGAUGUGCUGCUGGCCACCGGAUUUCUGUCCUAUUGCGGGCCCUACAACCAGGAGUUCCGCGCCAAUCUCAUCAAGACCUGGAUGGGCAUACUGAAGCAGAAGAGCAUACCCUUCACCACUGGACUGAACAUCAUCAACAUGCUGGUGGACUCCUCGACGGUGUCGGAGUGGACGCUCCAGGGAUUACCGAACGAUGAGCUGUCGGUGCAGAAUGCCCUGAUAGCCACCAAGUCCAGUAGCUAUCCACUGUUGGUGGAUCCGCAGACGCAGGGCAAGAUCUGGAUCAAGUGCAAGGAGGACAAGAACGAGCUGCAGAUUACCUCGCUGAACCACAAGUACUUCCGCACCCAUCUCGAGGACUCGCUGUCCCUGGGCAGGCCACUGCUGAUCGAGGAUGUGGGCAUUGACCUCGAUCCGGUCAUCGACAACGUGCUGGAGAAGAACUUCAUCAAGUCGGGCAGCAUAGAGAAGGUGCUGGUGGGCGAUAAGGAGUGCGAUGUGAUGCCGGGCUUCAUGCUCUACAUCACCACGAAGCUGCCCAAUCCGGCCUUCAGUCCGGAGGUCAGUGCCAAGACCUCCAUCAUUGAUUUCACGGUCACCAUGCGGGGACUGGAAGAUCAGCUCCUGGGCCGAGUGAUCCUCAUGGAGAAGUCCGAUCUGGAGGCCGAGCGGGUGGCACUCUUCGAAACGGUCAUGCAGAACCAGAGGAACAUGAAGGAAUUGGAGGCGAAUCUCCUGCUGCGCCUGAGCUCAUCCCAGGGAUCCCUGGUGGACGACGAGGCCUUGAUUGAAGUGCUGCGGGUCACGAAAACCACAGCGGAGGAGGUCAACCAAAAACUGAAGAUCUCCGAGGUCACGGAGCGUAAGAUUAUGAAGGCGCGGGAGGAGUUCCGGGCGGUGGCCAAGCGCGGAUCCAUUCUCUACUUCCUUAUUGUGGAGAUGAGCAACGUGAAUGCCAUGUACCAGAACUCCCUGAAACAAUUUCUGGUCAUCUUCAACUGUUCCAUCACCAAGUCGACCAAGUCCAGUGUCACCGAAGAGCGAAUAAACAUUAUCCUGCGCUAUCUCACCUACGAGGUGUACAAGUUUACCAAUCGCAGUCUCUACGAGCGGCACAAGCAGCUGUUCACCUUGAUGCUGGCCAUCAAGAUCGACUACCACAAUGGAAACAUCAGCCACGAGGAGUUCCUCACCUUCAUCAAGGGCGGCGCCUCGUUGGACUUGAAUGCCGUCACCCCGAAACCCUUCCGCUGGAUCCUGGACAUCACCUGGCUAAAUCUGGUGGAGAUCAGCAAGCUGGAAACCUUCUCCACGGUCCUUCAGGUGAUCGAGCUAAACGAACGCGACUGGCGCUGCUGGUACGAGUGCGAGAAGCCGGAGAAUGAGGAGAUCCCCUGCGGCUACAAUGCCCUCCUCGAUGGUUUCCGGAAGCUGCUGCUCAUCCGCUCGUGGUGCCCCGAUCGCACCAUUUCUCAGGCGAAGAAAUACAUAGAAGAAUCUCUUGGAAGCGAGUAUAGCGAAAUGCAAAUUCUUGAUCUGGAGGAGAUGUGGCUUGAGUCGGAACCGCGCACUCCAUUUGUGUGCCUGCUGUCCAUAGGAUCGGAUCCAACCACCCAGAUCGGCGCUCUGGCCAAGCAGAAGAGCAUUGUUUUGAAAUGUGUGUCGAUGGGCCAGGGGCAGGAGUACCAUGCGCGGAAGAUGAUAAUCGAGUCGAUGGCCAUCGGGGGAUGGGUGCUGCUCCAGAACGUGCACCUGUCGCUGCCCUUCUGCAGCGAGAUCAUCGACAUGCUGGUGGAGAGCGAGCACAUAGACGACUCCUUCCGCAUGUGGGUGACGACGGAGCCGCACAACGAGUUCCCCAUCGGACUGCUGCAGAUGGCCCUCAAGUUCACAAAUGAACCACCGCAGGGAAUACGUGCCAGUCUGAAGCGCAGCUACCAGUCGUUCACCCAGGACUUCCUCGACUACACAUCGGCCUCGCAGUGGCCCCCGCUCCUCUACACGGUGGCUUUCCUGCACACCAUCGUCCAGGAGCGGCGUAAGUUCGGUCCGCUGGGCUGGAACAUACCCUACGAGUUCAACCAGGCGGACUUCGCCGCCAGCGUGCAGUUCAUCCAGAAUCACCUGGACGAGAUGGACCCCAAGAAGGGCGUCUCCUGGCAGACGCUGGUCUACAUGAUUGGCGAGGUGCAGUACGGCGGUCGGGUGACCGACGACUUCGACAAGCGGCUGCUCACCACCUUCACCGCGGUGUGGUUCUGCGAGCCGCUGCUCUCCAGCUCCUUCGAGUUCUACAAGGGCUACAAGGUGCCGGGCACGAAGAGCCUGCAGGGUUUCAUCGAUUAUAUCAACAGUUUGCCGGCCUACGACACCCCCGAGGUAUUUGGCCUGCAUUCGAAUGCCGACAUCACGUACCAAAUAAAUUCGGCCAAAGGCAUCCUCGACACCAUCCUGAGUGUGCAGCCCAAGGAGGGCGGCGGCGGGGGCGGCGAGACGCGGGAGAGCAUCGUCUACCAACUGGCGGAGGACAUGCUGCGCAAGCUGCCCGCCCAGUACAACGCCUACGAGGUGCGGGAGAACCUCAACCGGAUGGGCAUCCUCCUGCCCAUGAACAUAUUCCUCAGGCAGGAAAUCGAUCGCAUGCAACGGGUCAUUAAGCGCGUACACACCUGCCUCUGCGACCUCAAGCUGGCGAUUGAUGGCACCAUUGUGAUGAGCCCGGCGCUGAAAGAGUCACUCGACGCCAUGUACGAUGCCCGCAUUCCCGAGACCUGGAUGAAGAUUUCCUGGGAGUCCACUACUCUGGGCUUUUGGUACACCGAGCUGCUGGAACGCAACGGGCAAUUUCGAACCUGGAUAUCAACGGAUCGGCCCAAGGUUUUCUGGAUGACCGGCUUCUUUAAUCCCCAAGGCUUUCUAACAGCCAUGCGACAGGAGGUGACGCGAGCCCACAAAGGCUGGGCUUUGGACUCGGUGGUGCUGCAGAAUCAAAUAACGCGCUACAACAGGGAGGACAUCACCGAGUAUCCCACGGAGGGGGUCUAUGUGCACGGAUUGUUCCUGGAGGGCGCUUCGCUGGAUCGCCGCAGUGGCAAGCUGAUUGAGUCCAAGAUGAAGGUGCUCUACGAGCAGAUGCCCGUCAUCUAUAUAUACGCGAUAAACACGACGGCCGGCAAGGAUCCCAAGCUGUACGAGUGCCCCAUCUAUCGCAAGCCACAGCGCACCGACUUAAAGUACGUGGGCUCGAUUGAUUUCGAGACCGAAUUCAAUCCCAAGCACUGGACCCUGCGCGGCGUGGCCCUGCUCUGUGACAUCAAGUGAACCCCAACCGCAACCUCAAUCUCAAUGCCUCAACCUCAAUACCCCCCUUCAAAUACCGAUUGCCAUUGUUUGCCAUCAUGUCAACGGCUGUACGUGAGUGGGGCUCCUAAUGGCCCUGUGAUAAUUAUCUUUUUUCGUUGGGUGGACGUUAAAGUUUCGUGUAAUCCGGCGCAAAUACAACGUUAUUAAUUAAGCCCUCGGGUGAGGCAGGGCAAAUUGUUUGCACUCGGGACCAACCAGCACAAUGAUUAGCUGUUAUCCAUUUUGGUCAAUCCCCGCCAGGCGGGCUUUCCAAAAAAGCGCACCAAACCCUUAGAGAGUUUAAGCAUGUGAGUAGCGAAAUCGCAGUGUUUAAUAAA